AAGAUGACGUUGGAAGGGGGGAGUGUGUGUAUGUGUGUAAAACAGAGCGGAGGUGAAGAAGAGGAGGAUGAAGCAGGCAGCGGAGGAUGGGAGGAAGAGUGGAGUGAGAAAGACAGGCUGGCUAUCAAGGGCUUGUGUCUGCAUGCCUUUGUGAAGUGGGAAUGCGUGAAUGUCUGAAAAGGGCUUCGAUGGGAGUUAUAUCUCAGCGCCGAAACAAAGACGCAUUUUUUUUACCAUCCGGAGAAACAUUGUAGCGGAAACUUUAAACUUUUACCCGCCAGAGCGGCAGCGCCGUGCCGGGUCCCGGCUUUGUCUCGCGACGGUGGGAAGUACGCCAAUACAUGCGAGAAUAUAAACGGCGGCACUACUUUUGGAUACAUAUUUUUGUCCACACAACAAGGGGAUAUUUCAAUAAUUGUAUUUGUUUACGAGACCGAGAGAAUGGCGGCCAACAUGUACCGAGUUGGAGAUUACGUGUAUUUUGAAAACUCCUCUAGUAACCCGUAUUUGAUCCGCCGAAUAGAAGAACUCAACAAGACAGCCAAUGGAAAUGUAGAAGCCAAGGUGGUCUGUCUCUUUAGGCGGAGAGAUAUAUCUGCCAACCUGAACACACUGGCCGAUAGCAAUGCAAGGGACUUUGAAGAAGAGUCCAAGCAGCCCUCGACAUCUGAACAGCAGAAGCACCAGCUCAAACAUAGAGAACUUUUCUUGUCUCGACAGUUUGAGUCUCUCCCAGCCACACACAUACGCGGAAAAUGCAACGUCACGCUUUUAAAUGAGACGGAUGUUUUAACUGGCUACCUAGAUAGAGAGGACUGUUUCUUCUACUCUCUGGUGUUUGACCCAGUACAGAAGACACUGCUGGCUGACCAGGGGGAGAUUAGGGUUGGAUCCAAAUACCAGGCCGAGAUCCCUGACAAGCUUGCAGAAGGUGAAUUAGACAGUCGAGUUCAGGAGAAACUUGAGACAAAGGUUUGGGAUCCUAAUAACCAGCUGAAAGAUCCUCAGAUAGACCAGUUCCUGGUAGUGGCACGAGCUGUUGGCACGUUUGCUCGUGCACUCGACUGCAGCAGUUCCAUUCGCCAGCCUAGUCUUCACAUGAGUGCAGCUGCAGCAUCUAGAGACAUCACACUGUUCCACGCCAUGGACACUCUGCAGAAGAAUGGCUAUGACCUCGCCAAGGCCAUGUCCACACUGGUGCCGCAGGGCGGCCCGGUGCUGUGCAGAGAUGAGAUGGAGGAGUGGAGCGCAUCAGAAGCCAUGCUGUUUGAGGAAGCCCUGGAGAAAUAUGGCAAAGACUUUAAUGAUAUCCGCCAAGACUUUUUGCCCUGGAAGUCAUUAGCUAGUGUGGUCCAGUUCUACUACAUGUGGAAGACUACUGAUCGUUACAUCCAGCAGAAAAGACUAAAGGCAGCAGAGGCAGACAGCAAACUAAAACAGGUGUACAUCCCCACCUACACCAAACCUAACCCCAACCAGAUCAUGGCUCCUGGUAACAAACCUGGCAUGAACGGAGCCACUGGGUACCAGAAAGGCCUCAGCUGUGAAAGCUGCCACACUGCCCAGUCUCAGCAGUGGUACGCAUGGGGCCCUCCCAACAUGCAGUGCCGACUCUGUUCAACCUGUUGGAUUUACUGGAAGAAGUAUGGUGGUCUUAAGACCCCCACUCAACUAGAGGGUGCUACAAGGACUGGCACAGAUGCUGUUCCACGUGGUCACAUGACCCGCCAGGAAGUACAGGGCAUGUCCCCUUUCACCAGCAAUGCUGGAAGAGCAAAACUUCUGGCUAAAAACCGUCAAACUUUUAUCCUGCAGACAACCAAACUCACUCGAAUUGCCCGUCGCGUGUGCCAGGACAUCCUGCAGUCUCGCCGAGCAGCCCGUCGCCCCUACGCUUCCAUUAAUGCCAAUGCUGUCAAAGCAGAGUGUAUGAUAAGACUUCCUAAAGCAGCAAAGAGUGGUAUCAAGAACCGCACUGUUCCUCGACCAUCCCUCAUCAAUAUAGUUAAGGAACUAGCUCUUCAAGCUCCUUUGAGAAACAAAGCCCCUCGAGGUGCUCCGACCCCUAUCAACCGUAACCAGGCCAACCAGCCACGGAGUGCAUCCGCCUUACUGGGCAAGAGACCCUACGAUAAUCUGCAGGUCGGAGGUCAUUCUUUCUCCACUAAUGGAAGACCAUUUACAUCAGGAAUGAGAGCAGCCAACCAGUCCGUUAUUAAGAGGCAAAAGGUCAGUCAAGGCGAUGCACCAAAUCCAGUAGUGUUUGUGGCUACAAAAGACACCAGAGCCCUGAGGAAACACCUUACUCAGGGAGAGAUGAGGAGGGCAGCAAGAAAACCACACAUCCCAGUUAGAGUCAAAUUUCCUGUGCCACCCCGGCCACUUCCUGUACCCAUUUUACCCUCUAGCACAAGCGAGCCAAUAGUGUUGGAGGACUAAACGAUGUUCCAAUAAAAUGCAACCUUUGCCUGAGCAUGUUAAAUCCAGCCAUCAUCAACUCUUCUUCUCUAUUUCUUGUCUGCGGUGGUCAUCUACAUAAGUACACACGUACAGUACAGGCACAGAAGUUGAUAUUCCCUGUACUCCUUAACCAGCAUACACCAGACUUCAUUGCUUUUUACUCCUAGUGUUUCAUUUCAAUUUUCUCCAGUCCCAUUACUUUUUUUUUUUAAAUGCAAAUACUUUUAACUAAUUUAAAGCAAACCAUGUUCGAUCUAAAAAGGUGUAAAAGCACACUUUAUUUUCCUGCAGUUUUGUCUUUAUUUGUAUAAAUAUUAACAGGAUUUUUCAACAACGUGAUGUGUAUGAAUGAAGGGUUUAAUUGUGUGAGAAAGUCUACAGUCUUACCACUGUUUUCCAAUUUCGAAAGCAUUGAGUAUGGGCUGUCCUCUUCAUUUCGUAAUAACGAUUGUGAUGCUUUUUUUAUUUUUAACUUGUACAUGUGGUUCUAGUCUUUAAGGCUCGGCAGAACUGCUUAUUAUGGAGGGCAAUAAAGAAAAGUUUCCCCUGAAUAUUUUCUUCUGUAAAACAAAUCUGAAGUUGGGAUGUUUUUUAUAUAGUCAGAUACCAUUUUGUUUCUUGGGGGAUUCCAAAUCUUGCAAUGUAACUACUAAAGUCAGUGAUACAUAAGGUUUCGUAGGUUCUACCUGAAAUGCUGUCUUGUUAUAAAAACAAACUGUUAAGGAUGGUUUCUAAUAUUGUAAAGUUUCAAAGAUAUGAAUGUAAGGCAAAUGGGAUAUCAGAUGUCACAAUUCAUUUAGACUUUUGUGUGCCUCAAUAUUGAACCUUUUUUUUCUUAUAUUACAUCCUGAACAAAGCCAUAAACGUUUGUUUGACACUUGCAUUUGUUUAAAGGUCUUUGUUUUGGAAAAAUAAAAAAGGCUACGGGGAGGAUAAUGUUAGUGAUUGUAGGUAAUGAAUGAUAGGAAUUCAGUGAGAGGGGGAAAUAUGAUGUAUUUGAUACGAUUUUGUAGUAGUGGCUCAACUAUAGAAAUAUUGGAUGAUGUGUAGGGUUGAACAGUUGGGAUUUUUGACAGAUUUCUUGGCUUGAAAUUCGACAACUGAAAUUUAUUGUACAUUUUCUCCCUGUUUAGGGGUUUUGUAAUGUUUCUUAAACAAAUAGAGCGUGCACUGCACACUAAAGACACAAAUGUUGACCAGUCCCAUUUUAAGCAUCAUCAGUUUUUAUGAAGAGGUUUUGUGCCCCUACAAUGUUUUGGCAAAGCACUAACAAAAAAAAUUUGUCCAUUAUGGGAUAGGGUGGGGAAGAAGGACCGUCUGGUUUUAGGGUUUCUUUAAAAGGUGUGAAUGAUUUCAGUUUUGUAAAUCUCGAUUCACAACACAAACUUUUCCCCAAACCCGUUUUUUUUUAUAUUCAAGUGUCUGUAUCCUUUAAUGUAUCUUGUGAUAAGAAAAUGAAUAAAGAUUUUUGUUUGUGGUCAUUAAA